AUGGUCAAGAAACGAAUGAAAAGUCUUAAGGAUUCGAUGGAGACGAGAUUUAAAUUUAAAGGUUUUCAUGAACGUAUUGCAAGCAUUCGAAUUGAUGUCAUUCAUCGAGCUCAAAAAAGGAAAUCAAACCCUGAGGAUGCCGAGACGUUCUUUAUGGAAGCAUUAUUUAAAUGGACUGACUUGAAUUGUAGCACAGAAUUUGUACAAUUCAGGCGUGAGGUUUAUCACUAUUGUCAAACUUUGCCUCAACUGGUCCAUCAUAAGAAUGAAAUUUUUCAAUUACUGAAGACAUAUCUGGAGAAAAAAUCAAUUCUAACUAUAUCAACGUUAUUAGAUUUGGUCGUUAAUUUUGCUCGUGACCUCCAAAGCGAUUUUUACCCUUAUUUUGGAGAAUUCUAUGCGGUACUGAUAGUUUUAUUAAAUGUGGGUGAUCCAGAUGUUAUCGAAGAUGUGUUUAAAACACUGGCGUAUUUAUUUAAAUAUCUUUGGAGACACAUGAUUCCAGAUUUACGCAAUCUAUUCAAAGUUUAUCAAGAAAUGUUGAAAGAUUCACAAAAAAUUUAUAUAAAAUCAUUCGCAACGGAAAGUUUCUCAUUCUUAAUGCGUAAGGCUCCAGAUCAGCAUACUCUUGCCAAUUAUGUAUUAUCGUAUUUGGAUAAUGCAACUGAGCUGUGCGAAGGCAUUGGAUUGUUAUAUUUUGAAACGAUCAAAGGAGUUAGUGGACAAUUUCAUACUUGUAUUAACGAGGUUAUGAAGACAUUAGUAUACACCGUUCAGGCUUGCGCAGCGCAUAGCCAAAAUGCUUAUAUGCAGCCUGUUUGGAAUGCACUUUCGAGUGAAGUCAAACGUUUACAUGAAAAACUGCAUAAGUUUACAAAAGAGGAAGAACAUCAUCAACUAGCGCGUCUACUACAUUUAGUCAAGGAAUUGAUUCAGUGUGGUCGCAGUCGAUGUAUUGUUGACUUUCGAUCAUUUUUCGAGGAUCUUAAGAAAUUGUUAUUUGAUCCCUCGCUACAACUUGAACAUGUUAACGCCAUCAUUGAGAUCUUUGCUUGCAGUCUUGUAUCCCUAGACCGUAUAAUUGAUAAAGUUCUACAAGAACAUAUUGCAGAUGCGGUUUUUUCUUGUAAUUGUGCUGUUUCUGUGGUUAGCAACUUUUGCCAUCAAUGCCAAGAUGCCCCUUUAUAUGCUGAAGUAGUCUUUCAAAAAUUAUCACAAUACUGUGGGAACAAAACCUUAAGAAAUAGCAACAUCCAGAUUCGGGAUGAGCUAUUGGAAGUAUUAGCGAACGUAUUAACGAACGCUGAGCGUAGUAGAACUUACAGAAUAAACUUUGAUAGUUGUGUGCCGCCAGAAAUUUUAAAAGGAAUGAGCUUAGAAGUAGUGCCUGAAGAAAUUGUUAAUGCUCUUUUUUUAAGUAAUCUUAAUCCUCCAAUUAAACAAGAAAGAGUAGCAGCUGCUUGGUCAUCUUUGCUUUGUCUACGCCAUACAAAGUUAAGCCGUUUAAAUGACAGUGUGGAAUGUGUAACUUCUGUCAUGCUGUGGACCAUAAAUAAGAUAUUAGCUACAGAAGAGAAUAGCUGGACAAACAAUUUGCUACAUACAUUCAGUCAAGCAGUCCUUUAUCUUGUUGGAUCUUUAGCUAUUAAAGAUACGAUAGCUGUAUUACCAUUACAGACAUUGAUAAAGAUGCCGAAAUAUUGUUUUCAUCACGAAGGGUUUCUUUAUGCUGUCAAUUUCUAUAUGGAAAAAGUUGGUCAGGAAGAUCAUAUUGAUAUAUUUACUAGUGAUAACGUAAAGACGAUAUUUUCAUUACUGGCCUCGAAUUUUUCGUCUCCUUCGCGACCGUUGAGGCUGUUGUCUCUGAAAAUACUACGUAAUAUCGUUAAACCGAUCGUUUCGUCGGAAGAUGCUGAUCGCAAUGGUUGGUCGGAUACGGCGAAGAACAUAAUAAAUAACCUUGUUAUGGCUGAAGAAGCUUCCCCAACAUUUCAUGGCUAUCGUGAUAGGCUUAUGCAUUUAAGGAAAUUAGUGUAUUCUAGGGAAGUUUACGAAGGGUUGCCUCGAAUUUUACAUGAAGGAGUUUUGCAAUAUAUAAUUGGACAAUUCUACGUCAAUUUAAAUUUAAUAUGGAAUGAAAUUAUAGCAAUUUUAAAAACUUUUGCUGGAGAUAUGAUAAUAUUUUGGCCUGUAUUCAGGGAACAUCUUGAUAGAUCUGAGAUAGUAGACAAAUCUUCUUCAGAAAGUUACUCGAUUGCUGAUGAAGCGAUUAACAAUGACAUAGAAAAUUUUACGAGCAACAGUUUGAUGAGAUGCUUCAAUUCUUAUGUAUUGGCUGGUUAUGUACCACGUGAAGAAGGAGUAAAUUCUCGGCCGGAUAAUCAAAAUUUUCGUUAUUUGUUAUGGAAAUCGAUGUUAGAAUUUAGUGACUCUGCAGAAUCAAAAUCUCGUGAUUUUAUCUCUCAUUUUAUUCGAUUUGCUAGGAAUGAAUUUCUUGUCGAUGGCCAGGAGAUAGUAUCAUUUAAUGAACUAAAUCGACAAUUAAACGAUAAUAACGAUAAUAUAGAUGAUAAUGAUAAUGACAUCGCAGGGAAUGAUGUUGUGACACAUGGUUUUAAAAGUUCCGUGCGCAUGAGAAGAAAUCAUUACAUUGUCAAGCUGCUUUCGGUUCAACUCUCCUUAUUUGCAAAAUUUAGAAAUCCCAAAGCAUUGUAUAAGGAAGCCCAACUUCGUGAUAUUUACAAUAAUCUCUUGCUGCAUAAUGAUCCUAAAGUACAAAUGCUAGUUAUCAAUGUUUUAUUAACGUACAAAUAUUCCUAUUUAAUUCAAUACAAAGAAAACUUUGAAAACCUUUUGAAUGAUGAAUCAUUUCGUGACGAAUUAACUAAAUUCAGUAUUGAUCCAUCUUCAUCUGUGAUUGAUAAUGCUCAUCGUAAGGACUUAAUCCCAAUCCUAAUAAGAAUACUAUAUGGGCAGUUGUUUCGCCGAUCUUUAGGUGCCGAUAACAAAAGUAAUAUUGCAUCUAGAAGAGCCUUUAUUUUAAGAUUUCUUGCUGGGUGCACAAACGAUGAAUUUCAAAUUUUCACUAAUUUACUGUUUGAACCUUUCGAGGGUUUAGAUAAAAUUAAGCCGUUAUACAAUGAGAUGCAGAAAAUACCCAUUAAGAAGCGGAUAGGAUUUUUAUCGAUGUUUUCACUAAUUAUUUCAAAACUUGGCACAAAAGUUACGGAUAUCUUACCGUCAUUCCUUGAUGUUUUAUUGGCUAUAACUGAUGAUUGUAUCGUUACUUUAUCUGAACGCCAGCAGGUUUUUCAAGUAUUUGAGGAUUUUGACUUUUCUAAUCAUAUUAAAGAUAUUUUUAGAGUGGCAGUCUGGCCUCAGGUCUCUUCAGCAGUUGUGACGAUGGUUUUAGAAAUAGCUAACAAUCUUCUGUUGGCGAAUGAAGUAAAUCCCGAUUCUGAUAGACGGGAAGUGUUAUCGUCCUAUAUUGGAAUGUUAUUACGCCAUUUAAGCGAUAGUUUAAGUUCUUACCUUGCUGUAACAAGUAGUCACCCUAGUAAGCUGAAUAAAAUGUCAUCUGUGACAAAGCUGGAAUUUUCUGUAUUAUCGAAGAUUAGCCCGUUAGUAUCGUCAAGUGAUGAAAGUUGCGACUUAAUUAGGCUACUUUUGAAGUUUAUUUCCAAGGGCAAGCGAUUAGAUAAAGCAAUUUGUUGCGAUGAAGUUGGAUUACUGGAGAACAUUUAUCUCAUUUUUCAGUUGAAUUGCUGGGAAAUUGAGCAACUAGAUCAACCGGAUUAUGAAAAGAGAUUAAAAGCUUUUUCGACCGUGAACAAAUUGAUUAAGGAUGGUAUCCAGAAUCCACACUUUUAUCUACCUGUUGUGUGCAAUUGUUUAUAUUUUACCCUUCAGGCGGAUGAUACUGCUAUGCUGCAUUCUAGCGGAUAUUGUCUAGAUUUAAUUGUUGGGUGCUUAACUGUAGGUAAAGAUGACGAAGUUAUCGAUACAUGCAUCAUGCAGAGCAUGCUUUCUACUAUCAAACAGGGUAUUAAAGUGCAGAAUGAAGUGAGCAGAAACGAAUUUAUUCGACUUUUGGGAGUAAUUGUUAGAAAAUUUUCAUCAAGUAAAAAGUUAAGUUGUAUACAUGGGUUACUAAAUCAGAAUCCAGACCUAGAUUUUUUUGAAAAUGUCCGACAUUUACAGGUUCACAGGAGAAUUAGAGCUUUCAAACAGUUAGCAGCUUAUUGCCGGCAAUCUCAAUUAUCAGCUGACUGGGCUGUAUCAUUUUUCUUGCCUAUGGCUACAAAUCAUAUCUUCGACAAAAAAGGUUCCAAAGAUCCGAAUUUAAUAACAGAAGUUAUUAAUGUUGUUGGGGCUAUUGCAUAUUUAAUGCCGUGGCAUAGAUAUGUGUUUCAUCUAAGGCAUUUUCUAAGGCAGCUAACUAGGCGGAUAAAUAUUCAAAAAAUUCUUAUUAGGGUUAUCGUGGCUGUUCUUGAUAAUUUUCACAUUGACAUCUCAAAUGCGGACUGUUUACCUGGUCUUGAUAUAGCGAAAACAGGAGAACUAUUUAUUGAGACUGAAGAAAACAUAGUUGAAGAUGCACAGGAUAAAUUAGAUGAAGAGUUGACAGAAUCAGCUAGUGAUACUGUUGACUUACAUCUUAAACAGAAAGUAUUUUUAGAUAUUACCUCAAAAAUUUUACCCGAGCUUCGAGAUUGCUUAAAGAGUAAAUCGAUUGGAGCUCACAAGCAUAGUUCUAUGAAAGAUGAUUAUCAAAACGAGAUGUUAAGGAUACCACUAGCUUUAGCUAUGGUUAAACUUUUACUUAAAUUACCAAAAUCUACAUUGGAGGUUCAUUUACCUGGAAUUAUCUUGCGUGUGUGUCAAGCCUUGAAAAGCCACAAUCAAGAAGUGCGCGAUAUUUGUCGUGAUAUUCUCACAAAAAUUGCGGAUGCAUUAGGGCCAAAUUAUUUAUCAUACGUUGUUAAAGAAUUAAGGACAACGUUAGCUAGAGGUUAUCAGAUCGCCAUUGAAGACACAUUUGGCGAUAGAGCCAAUGAAAAGGAGAUUGACAGUAUAUCUAAGAAAUUACGCGAAUCUAAAAAUAAAAGUUAUGGUACAUUUGAAAUAUUGGCUACUUAUGCUAGUAAUAAUUCAAUCGGAAAUGUAUUGCUCCCAUUAAAGAAGAUAUUACAGGAAGCCCAGAAUACUAAAAUAGUCAAUCGGGUUGAAUCCGUACUUCAUAGAAUUUGUACGGGAUUGCUUAAGAACAGUGACUUCAAUUUUGAAAGUUUAUUAAUUUUAGCCUAUCAAGCUAUCAAUGAGAGCUCAGCUUUAUUACAGAGUGACGGUCAAAAGCUAGACGAGGAUCUAGGCCAAAUCAGUAACGCGGAAAAUAGAAGCAUAUCAUUUUUAUUGUUACCGGAACCACGUAGAGGAGGAAAUCAACCAAAAGCAAAUUUAAAGACUAAUUCUUACGUAUUUGUGGAAUUUGGCCUAAAAAUCUUUCUGAUGAUUAUAAAAAAUCGGACCAUUAAAAAAGAAGAUAAAGAAUGUAUUCAAAUGUUAGAUCCUUACCUUAAUCUAUUAAAUGGGUGUAUGAAAUCGGAUAAUAUAAAAGUACUUAGUUUAGUUGUACGCAGUCUCACUUGGCUAAUUAAGCAACCUUUGCCGUCGCUUAAGACUGUUCUUCCUGCAUUAUCGCGUAAACUUUUCAAAGUAUUACGUAUUUAUGCUCGAGCUGGAGCCGGAAAAGGCAAUAAUGCGGAACUUGUGCACUCAUCAUUUAAGGCUGUCUCUAUCCUUAUUGGUAAUUACGGUGAUGUAGUUUUAUCCCCUAAUCAUGUUAAGGCCAUCGUCUCACGUGGUAUAGAAGCUGAAGAAGUGCAUGAUAUCAUGAUAAAAAUACAAGAAAUGUCAAUUAACGGUAGCCCUGAUUUUGUCAGACUUCAAUGUCGCCAGUCUUUACUAUUUGAAUAUAGCCUUAUUAUCUUUAUGUCAUUGGCGACUUGUCUUGUAAAUGACGAUUCUGCUACUUGCCGAAAAAUGAAUGCUUUAGCUGUUAGAACCCUACUUGAAAAAAUGGAUGUGACUCAUUUAAAUGAAUUAUUGGAAUUAGUUAUAUCUUGGCUGAAAGGUCACCGGGUCAUUCAUCAGCGAUUAGCUCUGCAAUUACUGGGUAUAUUCGCCGAAUGUCAAAGCGACUUCUUAGAAAAACGACUAAAGGAUGUUUUGCCUUUGGUAUUAGCUUUAGCCAAGGACGGUGACUAUGAACAGUCCGAUAAUUUGGAUCAUGAGAAUAUUCGUAUCCAAGAUUCUCGAUGCUAUUACCUGAUAAAUACCCUGCAAAAAAUUAGUGAUAAAUAUGAUUUAACCAACGAUAAGUAUCAAGGUUACAUAACAUCGCUUUGGGAUUGUAUCAUAUUUUCGCUGGAAUAUCCGCACAUGUGGGUGCGUUUAACUGGCUGCCAGUUGAUAGGGUUCAUAUUUUCCCGAUGCAAGCCUGAUAAAGCUAUCCAUUGUAAAACUUUUCUAAUAAGUCAUUUACUGGAAGAGGACACGACGGCUAAAUUGCAAAGUCUAAUUAAAAUCUUCAUUUCUCAAUUAAAAUCAAAGUAUUUAGAUUCUGCCUUAGCUGACCAAGUGACCAAGAAUCUUAUCUACAUUUGCAAAGUAAUACAAUCGAUGAGUGAUUCUAAACAAGAAGAUCUAUCUUUUAAAAAUAUUCUCGAAAGUAUGUGUAAAAUCGCUCGAUUGGAAUCUGGAAAUACUCCGAAAAGCGUGCAAAAGAGGUCUUGUGUAAUUAAAUGGAUUGCAGCUAUGGUCUUGGAUUUAGAUUACGAUGUUCUUAUAAGUAAUCUCUCGAUUCUAUUGCAACCAUUACAAAAAGAGAGUUCUUCAACCACUUCAAGUGAAGAAUUAAAAAUUUUAUGCGAUGAAAUUGUGGGAAUGAUUAAAAAACGUUGUGAUCCAGAUAAAUUUGCUAUGGCUUAUAGCAGUUCACACCAAACUAUAAAUGAAAAGAAGUUAAAUAGAAAGAGACAAAAGGCCUUUGAGGCCGUUGCUAACCCACAAAUUAGUGCUCAGAAACGAUUAAAACGAAAUUUACGAAAGAAAGAAAGUAGAAAGCGCAAGAUGUAUUUGUACAAACCAGAAAAACUUAUUUCCAAACGUAAAAAACUAGAUCAAUCAUAA